AUGGCUGAGACCGAUGCUCCCUUCGAGACUCUCUCGGAUGACAACCAUGGGCCACUCAUCACUCUUGUGUCCGUUGCAUUUCUGAUUGUCGCCAUUAUCUUUGUGUCAGCCAAGCUAUGCUCGGUGCUCUACUUUAAACAGCGUCGCUCUGCUGUCCAUACACCCGUAUGGCUAGCUCUGGCGCUACUUAUUGUCGAGGUGGUAGUGAUACAGAAAGGAGUUGACAAUGGGAUAGGCCGACAUAUUGACACUCUAAGUGACACAGACAUUCAGACAGCUAGCAAGUACCUCUACGCCGCGCAGCUCCUCCAUGUGGUCGUCCUUUCAUUAUCUGAAAUAUCCACCACGCUACUCGUCUGGAAAUUGACUCCCCACCGCGGCAUCCGUCAAGCCUGUCGCAUCACUGUUGGUGUCGUGGCGGCAUGGACCAUAUUCUCCAUCUUCGGUAUUGCGUUCCAAUGCCAGAUGCCUAAUCCCUGGCUUUAUACCGCUUCUCGCUGUGCUGGGCAGGGUUCAAUUCUUUACCCCAUCUCCAUAAUACACAUAAUCACUGAGCUUGUCAUUGUGGUCAUACCAUUCUUCAUGAUGCGCAACGUCCAACUGACACUCACAACACGGGUGAAGAUCCUCGCCGCUUUCUCAGCACGCAUAAUUGUCAUAGCGCUGGCCAUUGCACACCUCGCUCUUCUUCCAUCAUACCUCCAUUCAACCGAUAUAACAUGGACCAUCACCAACCCUACGAUCUGCCAACAAGCCAUGACCUGCUCCACCGUCACCAUCGUCUGUCUACCAACCCUGUACCAUAUCUUUGCCGGCUUACACUCCGGUCUUAUUACCACCCGACUGCCCGACGAGGUGGAGCUCAAACAUACUCAUCCAUACGGACAAAAUUCUACACUCGGAAGUCAUGAAAGUAAGGGGAAAAAGCCCACGGAACUGGCUACAAUUGACUCAGUCGUGACUGUCAAGAGGAAGUCGACCUUAAAAAGAUCGAGUUUGAGCGAUAGUACAAAACGUUUGACAGACGGAGACAAGGGUGGUGGAGUGUUAAUGACGGUGGACAUUACAGUGGAGGUGGAGGAUCGAUAG